AUGCCGAAAAAAACCAGUAGAAGUAGUGACAGCAGCGGGAGAAGAAGUGGCAGAGGUGGUAGAAGAGGUGGUAGAAGAGGUGGCAGAGGUGGCAGAGGUGGUAGAAGAGGCGGAAGAGGAAGACAAUUUGAUGACAGAUUAGAGGAAGAUAUUUCUAGUUUUGUCAAUAAAUCCGAAAUACCUAACUAUAAUAUGCUGCUUCGGGGAAAGAAAGUAGAUUCUUCCAUAAAGCUUAAUAAAAAGUUGAAGCUAUCCAAAUUAAACCAAAUAAACGAUAUGGUUGAUUUAAAUGGCGGUAACUUCAAUAGUGUGGAAGAAAUGUCUUUGAACUCCAUGAUCUAUCAAAGCCCAAAUACGAGGAGAAAAUACGGCAAGGGAAACAGUCUGUUUGAUGAGGUUAGAUAUACAAGUAUGCAUAGAGAUGAUAUUUUAAAAAAAAGUUACAAGAAGGCAAAUAUUGAGUUCAUCCAAGCAAAAGAAGUGUAUGAUCCGUCUAAAUUGUUAUUUAGGAAGCUAGCCGGAAAAAAAAACGUUGUUGUCACUAAGCUCCACCAAGCUGAAGAUCAGUUACAAGAUGAAAUUAUAACCCAGUUUGAACGACAUAUGGAAAUUAACCAUUAUGGAAGUAACGAUGAUGCAUCUGAUACUGAAGUUCUGGAAAUUGGAAAAACUUUAAGGUUUGGUGAUGAAGAGAAAUUUGUGGAGCAGCAGAAGUCAAGUAUUGCUGACGCUGAAGAGACAGUGCACAUGGCUGGUGAUAAAUCUACCGAGGAAAGUGAAAUGGAACAGGAACACCUAGAACGUACAGAAGGCGGAAUUAGUAUUCGAAAGGUGGCUGAGAAAGAUAACAAUCUACCUAUUUUUAGUGGCAGGUAUACUGAAAAUCCAAAAAUAGAGUAUACCAUACUACCUAAAAAGAAAAAUAAAAAAUCAGAAAUCACAAUUGUAGAUGACAACCUUGACACACAAUAUAACUUAUCUUAUGAGGAAGACGAUAGCGAUUCUGAGGAUAAAUACAAGGAAACUGAUUUUAUGACCCCACAUAGUGACAAUUAUAUUUCUGACAACCUGAACGUGAAUAGUUCCGAGGAGGAUGGUUCAGAUACAGAGGAGGUACAAGUAGGGAAGUUAUUGUUUACAAUGAAAACAACUAAAAAUGGCGAGAACUUCAUUGAACUUCCUCCAUUAGGUAGAUCCAGAAAUAAAUUCAAAACUGAAAAUGAAACUGAAAAAGUUUUAUACUCAAUCAAAACUGAAGACGACGACAUGACAGUUAAUGAAGUUAUAGACCACGUAAAUAGGAAACUUACUGGGACCAAACAUACGCAGGUGGAACCAAAGGGAGCAGAAGACGAGGAACCGGAGUUUGGUUUUCUCGAAGAAGAUUACGUUUCUUUUGACACAACUCAAAUUAAGAUCGAGAAUAUAAGGUAUGGUGCAAAUGUUGCUGAUCAUCAGUACUACAUCCAAGCUCUGCACCUUUUGGGAGAUGAUGACUACCAAUGGCUUUCUUGUAACGAUUUAAGGGAAACUCUGGUUUCAAAUGGUCUUCCAGAUCAUAGAUUUGAAGCUUUUUUAAGAAGUGCCACAACUCAUUUACACCUUUCAGAUCAAAACGUUUUUAGUGAUUACGAAGAAAAAGAAGAAUCAGAUGAAGAAUUAGAUGACGGUGACGAUACCGAUGAUACUAAUGACUUUAUCGAUGUAAAUUUCAAUCUCAAGUCUAGCAAAAGUGCAAAAGCAGCUAAGAUUCAAAAUGCAAUAACAUCUUCCGAUAAUGAAGAAUCAGAUGAAGAAUUAGAUGAAGAGUCACUUGAAGGUCUAGAUGAUCUUCUGGCCAUGCACAAAAUUAGCAAAGAUUCAUUUUUUGACCCUAUUGAGGUCGCUACAAAAACAGUUAAGGCUACGGGUAAACAUAAAAAGCUUAGAAUGGAAUUUAAUACAGAAAUUAGUUCAGAGUUGGAGGCAUACAUCUUAGAUAAAUAUAAGUUGCACAAAGAAAAACGUAAAAAUAAUCGGAUUGACCGAGAAUAUAGGAAUGCAUCCUAUAUGUUAAUCAAAUAUCCAUAUUUACUUGAAAUGUCCGAUAUUAUUGCCGAAUUCAAAGCCUUUUGGGCUAACCCGGAAAGAGAAUGCAUGAGAUUUCCACCGCUGGAUGUGCAAGUUAAUGUUGUCCUAAAAACUUUGGCUGGACAAUUUGGCUUUAAAGCGACUAGAAGAGGUAAAGCCCCGAAGUCCUUUUUAGAGAUCAAUAAAACAUCCAAAAAACACAAGCAGCCUGAAUGGGGGAACAUUAAAAAGAUGGCAGAGCGAAACCAAAUAUGUUUCCGGACAGAUAUAAAGUUGAGCCGGGAAGAAAGGCACGAACUCAAGCUUAUCAGAAAAGGUGAAAAGGUAAGAAUGAAAAACAAUCGAAAAGGAAAUUUCUCAUACAAAGAAGGUGAGAUUGUUGGUGCUAAUGCAAAAGAAAUUGACUCUUCAAGUAUAGGUAGAAGAUUAUUGGAACGGAUGGGUUGGCAAGAUGGAGAAGCGUUGGGUCCCGAAAACAAUAAAGGUAUUAUAGAACCCAUCAAGGUAAUUGUUAAGACUUCAAAGAGGGGUAUCAUGUAA